AUGACAUCAACUGAAGUUGAACAAAUUAAUGAACAUCAACAUCAUAUAUCUGAUGUUCUCUAUGAAAUGAUAAAAUUAGUUCAUGAGAUACAAAAAACCGAUUCAGAAAAACCAGUUAAUAUGGAAGAUGAAGAUACACAAGAAACAUUAGAAAAUGAAGAAUUGAAAGAUAGCGAAAACGAAGAUAUGGAUGAACAUUUACAUUUACAAAAUUUUAAAACUGAUUUAUAA